AUGAUUCCGGACGGCGCGGUGGUCCUCGAUCUGGAUGAAUGUCCAGCAUUGGGUCAUCAAUCGGCCGAAGGCAUGACGCUGGUCAAUCACGAGCCGGUGUCUGAGCAGACGGCCGGCCGCAGCACGUUCCCGCCUACGAGCCCUGCCCCAGAACACACUUCCGCCGGUGGUCUAGGAAGUGACAUCUGCGGUGUCGCAGAGACCGAGGCAGGCGACGGCGAAAAUGGGUCUCUUGGACAGAGAACCAAGCAAACGAUUCGAGAGACCUUGCAGAGUGCGCGUAAAAGUGUGGCCCAGAUUCUGAAAGCGCGGCAGCUUGCGGCGAGGGAAGCGCAGGCGGGUCAAACGCACGUCGCGGCCAACGAGCAGCAGAGCGAAGCGGCUGGGUUGCUGUUCUCGACGCCCCGGUCGCGCUCGCGUGACAGCCGCUUGUCUUGCCAACGUGAAGUCUGCAACGACCAAUUUGGUCCGUGUUCAGAACCAAAAAGGGAUGUGACUACGGGCACGCUGCUGGUUGCUGGAUCUUAUGCUUCGGGGGAGGGGACGCGUAGUAACAGAGAUAACAACGGAUUCUUCAACAAUGCUUCCUCAUCAUUAUUAGAAGAACCGAAUAACCCAACAUAUCCAGAUGCUGCGGAACAGGCUGGACCUCAAGAUUUGGAAGAUGGAAAGAAUCAUGUUAAGGACGACGGCAGCUGCUUGUAUGACUCAGAUGAAGGGCUUUUUGUGCCAUACGACGACAACAGAUCGCCGGGCAAAGAUAUCGAAGAUGGAGACGUCGAUGCAGAAGGAGACGCAGUCGCAAUGGAGAUACGGGAAGACGAUGAGUUUUCUGCUCUGGAGACACGAUAUAAGGAUGUCCUUCGCCAGAUCAACGAGAAGAAAGCAGUCAGCGAGCUUUCAAGCCUGGAAGAAGUCGAGUUCCUUCGCCUUGAAAAAGAAUACCUCACCGCCGCGUGGAGACGCCAGAACUAUCACAAAAGUAGUGACAGGCAAGAGUCUGAGGAGAUGAGCGCGUCGCCUAACUUCAAUGUCACGGUUGAAGACGUCGACGACAGCAGCGAUGAGUUUUUCAAUGCUCUUGGAGGAUACCGGGAGAUGGAGCCUACAAAAGUGAUUGAUUCUGGAGAUUACGAGCAUACGCAGGAUAGUUUUGAUCAGGAGGCAUCAAAGACGACAGAAAAACGAGGAGAGGCAAUCGAGGAGCCUGGAGUACAUCGUCUGAGAAAGCGAAAGAGAGGCACAGGUGCCGCGCCACCUCGUAAGAGGCAUUCAGAAGGAGACAAGUCACAAGAAAAGGACAAAGAAAAGGCGGAAAAGGAUUGCGUUGAGAAGAACUGUACAAAAGAGAAAAAGAAAGGAAAACGGUCGAGGACCAAGGCUGUUCCAAGAGUCAGCAACCCGUUGCUCAAUAUCGGCAGUCUCCUGACGAGCAAUAUCAUUCACGACGCGCGCGGAAACGAGAAUUUGGGCACGCUGCCGGUGUUGAGCACCACUAACCGCAGCCUGGCUCUUAAGCGGCUCGUUGCGUCACUGCCGCCGGAGCAUCGGGCGGCGGCGCGAAUCGACAAGCGCGCCUUGCUCGACGCCAUGCGGGACUUCUCGACCUGUCGCUCGAUCAAGAUCGUUCCGGGCGAGGACGGCGGGUAUCUGCUCAAGGGCAUGGUGACUCCGUUGAAACCUCAUCAGCUCACUGGCGCAGCGUUCAUGCGGAGGCGGGAGAAGGAUACAAUUGAGCCCCGAGGAGGCAUAUGUGGUGACCAGAUGGGACUUGGAAAGACCGUGACGAUGAUCGCCAACAUUCUUGAUGGCAUGCCGUCCAAAGGCGAGGAGGGCCCAAAGACCACGCUCAUCGUUGCCACUAACGCGCUCGUACAUCAGUGGUACUCAGAGAUCGAGAAGCAUACGAAACCGAUGAGGAAUGGGAAGCAUCCGCUCAAAGUCUUGAUCUAUACGCACAAAACAAGUCUGGUCAGCAACAGCGCGACGGACUGCCUGUUGACCUUUGAUGCCGUGUUGACGACGUACAGCGAGGUUCGAAAGUCGUACCCAAAGUCGAAAAUCCCCGUUGAGCUUCAAACGGCCGAGGAAAAAAAGGCCUGGUGGAACACCUACUACGAAGCCAACCGGGGCCUCUUGCAUCGUGUCAAGUUCCUUCGCGUGGUACUUGACGAGGCGCAGCAUAUCAAAAACCACAAGAGCCACACGUUCAUCGCAUCUUUCGGGCUGGAGGCCGAGUUUCGGUGGGCUCUUAGUGGGACGCCUAUUCAGAACUCCGCGCAAGAGCUGUAUCCUUAUUUCAAGUUUCUGAGGGUGGAGCAGACGGGCUCGCACAAGAUUUUCUGUCACAACUACAUCGGCACGUCAUCGACGCCCAGCGAGUUGGGUCUCUUGCGUCUCAACCAGAUUCUCAAUCGCAUCAUGAUUCGCCGCACGCACAGGGACAAGGUCCUUGGAAAGCCCAUUGUCACGCUGCCAAAGGCGACGGAGCAGAUACGGUGGGUCAAGUUCAAUGCGCUCGAGCGCACCAUCUACGAGCUCGUGCGAAGCCGCAUGAUCAAGCACGUCAACCAGCUGUCACGCUCGAGGAAGCUCGAAGCUCACUAUAGGAACGUGCUGACGAUGCUGCUGCGUCUCCGCCAACUCACGGACCAUGUUCUACUCGUGGAAACCGUCAUGAGAGACCUGGUUGAGCGCGAGGAUUACGAAAAGAUUUAUGACCUUGCUCUCAUUGAAGGUUCGCAGCCUAAAGACUGUCUUCGCAUCAGGCACAUCAGGCGUAUCCGCGCUAUGAUGGCAAAGGGAGCCAAAGAAUACGAGAAUUGCUCAAAUCGCAACAGUUUUCCCGGCGUAGGUGGCAUGAACAAGCCCUACGGAAAGUCUAUCUUGGAACCACACGAGGCCAAGAAGGAUUCUGACGACGGCUAUGAAGACGACGACGAUCUAGAGCUACUCUCCGAUUACGAAGGCGUUGGAGGCAGUCACGGCCUUCAAUUUAAUUUUUUGAAGUACCUGAAGACCUUGCGCAAGGAUGAAGAUCUUCACAAACUCAACGGUCGCGCGAUUUGUGCGUACUGCGGCGGCCGACCCGAGGAUCCUCACGUCACAUCGUGCUACCACAUAUACUGCAGCGCCUGCCUUGAGUUAAUGAUGACAGAAGAUGCCGAAGUCGGGCUUGACGGUCCACGAUGUAGAGAAUGCGGAGCUGUGUUCACUGGCACGUCGCCUUGCGACAGCAUGGACUUUGACAGGUUGGAUCGUGCUCCAAGAAAUCAUCUCCCGCCACCGGCGAGGCGGUCCGAGAAGGAAGGAGACGGCGAAGAUGUGUUGGCCAGCGAAAAGGAAGAGAAGGGCCAUGGGAAGAGGCAUGAUUGGAUCGAUCAGGAAGGCGACGACAUUCUUCCGAGCGCGAAGACUGUAGAGAUCAAGGCCCAGAUUCUGAACUGGAUAGCGGAGAACCCGAAGGUCAAAAUCGUUGUGUUCACGCAAUUUCUUAACAUGAUUCGCAUCUUGGAGAAGGUGUGCCGUGCCGAAGGGUGGGGGUACACAUCGUAUCAUGGCAGUAUCCCUCAGGAUCUUCGCCAACACAAUAUCGAACGGUUUCGGGACGAGCCUCAAGUUAUGGUGCUGCUCAUGUCUUUGAAGACUGGUGGCGUUGGGCUCAAUCUCACCAUGGCACAGAAGGUCAUCAUAGUCGAUCCGUGGUGGAACUCAAGCGUGGAGCAGCAAGCUUUUUGCCGCGUCUUUCGCAUCGGCCAAGACCAGCAGACGUCGCUCACGCGCCUAGCUGUCGAGCACACUGUUGACCAGAACAUCAUAGAGAUGCAGCAACGAAAGCAGGAGGAGAUCGAUCUAGUGAUAGAUGGAAAGCCAAACAGAAGACUCAACAUCAAGGAAUUGCUUGAGUUAUUUGGCGAUGACGUUGGUGAGGAUGAAGAUGGCCAACCUUUCAUCAUGGUGAAGGACCAGCAGACUAGGCCAAACCCCUGGGCGGACGAUGAAGGCUUUCAAGAUGAAGAGUGACUGGAUUUUGGGUUGUCAACGACAAGAGAUGCUUUAACUGCCAACACCUUUUGAACUUGCAGGGAACGGCUUCUGCCUGCCGGAGAAACCAAGCGGCUUCAUACAGUAUGUGACUUAUCUAAAGUGCUAAAUUGGACAUGAUUCUGAUGACAUAUCGGGGGAUUAGAAAUGGGCCACAGUCGAGACUCGAGUACCACAGCGGGAUCCGCGAUCUUCAGUAGAAAAGACAGAAUGGAAAUAUUCCGCUGAAAUAUGCCGUCCAAUGUGA